UGUGUGUGUGUGUGUGACUGUGUGCAUCAUCACCUCCAGGUGUGUCUGAGGGAGGGACACAGAGAGACAGGAGGGGUCUGACAGGAGGGUAUGAGUUGGGCUGCAGGUUUCUCUGCCUUGCCCAACCUGUUGGUGAAAACAUUUCUUCUCUCCCGGUGACUUCUUUUUCGUCCUUUAGCUCUUCCUGUUACCUCGGGUUGGCAGAGAUAUGGAAACAUCAUCAGGAUAGGAGGCGCAUUAAGCGGCCGUUUAUUGCAACGCGUCCAGCCAAACUUUAAUCAAGACUUUUAGAAGUGUUCACUCUCAUAUCCCAAAGGAGAAAAAAAAGGAGAAUAUAUCUUAAGGAGAAAAGAGCGUGUGUAUCAAAAGGACACUUAAAAGGAAGGACUGAAUCCCCCAGUGGAUUCCUCCAAAUGAAGAUGGCUUUUUCACCAGAGAAGCACAAAUCCAUUUUCCCCAUCCUUCCCCUCCUCCUCCUCUUCUAUGUCCCUCUCACAUGUCUAUGCCAGUCAACCAACAGCAGCUCAAUCAAUGCCACAACCAACCCCGCAACCACUUCCUCAGAUGGUACUUCCCUGAAGGGAGUGCCAGGCUGCGGUCCAGAACUGAACCCCAUCUACAGGUACCUGUGUGACCGCCGGGCAGCGUGGGGUAUUGUUGUGGAGACCCUGGCCACUUCAGGCUUCCUGUUCAGCAUUGGUCUCCUCCUAGCCCUGCUGCUCUGGUCCCUGUGUAUCUGUAUUUCAUCGAGGAACCAGCGCAGCAGCAUCGGAGGCCCCGUGGCCUGCAUGUCCAUGUACUUGUUGGCCACAGCUGGGAUCUUUGCCACCUCCUUCUCCUUCAUCAUCCGCCUCACCCCUCAGACCUGCCCCACCAGGCUCUUCCUCUUCAGCGUGCUCUUCUCCCUGGCUUUCUCCUGCCUGCUGGCCCGCUGCCUCGCUCUGCUGGGCUUCGCAGCGGCCCGGGGCUGGGGGGAGCCCGCCCUGGCGCUGGGGCUCUCCACCGUGCAGGUUAUCAUCUCUACCCAGUGGUUGAUGGUAGUGUUGGUCCGGGACCAGAAACCUUGUGAGUACAGCCAAGAGGAAUUUGUCAUGCUGCAGAUCUACGUGAUGUGCCUCCUGGCUAUCGGCCUGAUCCUCGCCCUGCACUUCCUGCACCGCUCCUGCUUCACAUACAGCUACAGCUACACGGGGGCCGCGCGCCAGCAGAGCCAAACACAGGCCGCGCUGCUCUGCCUCACGCUGUUGCUCUCCGCCUGCAUCUGGGUGGUGUGGAUCACCUUGCUCAUCAGGGGGAACCUGGAGGUGGGCCACCGGCCGCAGUGGGAUGACCCGGUGCUUAGCAUCGCCUUGGUGGCAAACGGCUGGGUCUUACUGAUGGGGCACGGGUUGGCCCAGAUGGCCUUCUUCUGCAGGGGGGAGGCCAGGUCCAAGGACAUCCCUCUGAGCUUUGCAGGCUGGACCAGCCCCAGCGCUGACAUACCAGGACUGGCCAGCCCGAAGGAAGGGAAAGAAAACGGAAGCUAUGAGAGUGAUAGUGAGAACAGGAGAGGCAGGAGGACAGAGAAAUCGCUGCGAUCACCCUACGAGUCUGGAUUCGCCGUGACAAACAUCGACCCUAACAAAGAUUACACCAUUCCUCGCCCGCAGACCACCAACUAUACGGAACCCUAUGAGGAUUAUUGAUUCAAAUCAUUUUCUCACACACACACACACACACACACACACACACACACACACACACACACACACACAC